AUGGUGUAUCGCUUUUUGCACGAGCCACUCGAGAAACGUCGGGAUGUAUUAAAAGACACAGGGAGCAUGGUUCGAAAACGCCUGGUCUUUUCAGAGUUGGUGCAGGUCGAAGGUUUCCCUUCCCAGCAACAGGCGCUGCUGCAGCGACACUUUGGUUGGGCGAUUGCAAAAGGUGUAGAAGGUCUAGUCAUAAAAGACCUCUGGGGCGUCUACGAGCCCGGGACGCGGCAGUGA